AUGGACGACGUCGCAACUGAACUCACCGAGCGCUUCGAGCGCUAUUGCGACACCAAGGACCAUGAAUUCCCCACCGAUAUACUCGCUGAAUUGCAAUCCAUGUGCCGGCUAUACUCCAUCUCACCGGAAGAACUGGACUUCAAAUGGCAGGCAUACAACAUGAAGAUGGGCGGGGAGGAAAACAAGAUGGAUGUCAAGACUGCACAAGACUUCAAGAAGACCAUACAAGAUGCAUUGGAGCGAGAGAGCAGGGGGAAGGCCCAGCAAAGGAACGAGGUCAAGCGGGGCCAACCGACACCAAGAGCAAAGGGUGGGGACAUGUAUGACAUACUUGAGGGGCUCGUUCCCAACACACCACGCCAGGGCGCUGCGGGCAGUGUCAAUGGCAGCACAGUCAAACGCAAGUCCAACUUCCAGACACCCGGAGGUAAGGCGAACAAGGCACAUGAGAUGAGUUCACCCGGGGGCUUCAUGGCACCAAAGACGGAGGCUUCAGAUGGACCUGUUUUUGACUUUGCCUCCCGCACCAACGCAAACGACAUUACAGAACAGUUCAUGCAGGGAGAUAUUCCCGUCCCGGAACCGCCGUCGGAGGAGCCAAAGGAGCCCCGUAUCAAGCUCAAAGCCAAUACAGACAUGUCCAAGUUUUCGUAUCGGACCAUGGCGAUGAAACUUUCAGAAGCAUCAGAAGUAUUGGACGACAGGAUUGACGAGUUCCGCGAUAUCCUCCGAGAAUCUACAGGCUUGGACGAAAGCGCAUUUGGAAAUCCCAACUAUCCGUCCCCGAGCGAGAUCAUCGCCGUCGGAAGGAUAGCGUGCGACACGAGCGACGGCAAGCUCAAUACAGCGUCAAUAGUUCUCGAAGGCUCACGACGGCAUGGCUCGGGGCGCCGCAUACCGCUGAACGUCGAGGGGCUUUCGUCAUACAACUUCUUCCCCGGCCAGAUUGUCGCUCUGCGCGGCACCAAUGCAUCAGGCGACUCGUUCGUAGUCUCCGAAGUCCUCUCAUUACCGCUUCUAAAUCCGCCUGCUACGAAACCAGACGAGCUAGACGCCAUCAACACGCGAUACCUUGACACGCCCGAUUCCGACCCAGACAACGUCCGACCCUUGACUCUGAUGAUCGCGUCUGGGCCCUACACGACGGACCAAAACCUAGACUUUGCGCCUUUGCAUGCUUUUUUGGACAAGGCUGCCGAGGCGUAUGCGGAUUCCAUCAUCCUCAUUGGCCCUUUUCUUGAUGCAGAACAUGCUCAAAUUCGGUCUGGCGACUUUGAUGCUCCACCAAACGCAAACCCAGACCAGGCGACUAUGGCUGAUCUCUUCCGCCGUCACAUCUCCAGCGCCAUUCAAAACUUCAACAAGCGCGUGCCAACAUGCAAUGUUCUCUUGGUGCCCAGCUUGCGGGAUGCACACCACCACCAUGCAGCUUUCCCCCAGGACAAGUUCGUCAAAAAGGAGCUCGGGUUGGGAGCUGCGGGGAAGAUGGUGCAGUGCGUCACCAACCCAAUGACUGUUAGCAUGAAUGAGAUGACGGUAGGCAUGUCUUCGAUUGACAACCUUGACAUGCUUCGCAGAGAAGAGCUUGCAGGCGGCAAGGCGCGAGCAACCAACAUUUACGAACGCUGUGCGCGCAACUUGAUUGAGCAACGGAGCUUCCUGCCUCUAUUCCCACCGACAGGGAGGGAAAAGCAACAGUUUAUGCCUGCGCCGAUCGAGGAGAAGGUGAUCAAGGACACGGCCAACAGUGAGGCCAAGGAAGGCGAAGAGGCAGACGAGGAGCAAACGCCUAGUCCAUUCCUCCCCCUUGGUACAAUGCUAGACACCAGCUACCUCAAACUGGGCGAGAUGCUCAAUGUACGGCCCGACAUACUGAUUACACCCAGUGUGCUUCAAGGCACGGUCAAGGUGGUCGAGUCUGUAUUGGUCAUCAAUCCUGGCACAUUGGCCAAACGACGCGCAGCUGGAACGUACGCACGGGUGAUUGUCCAGCGCGCUCGUGUCGACGAGGCCGAGAGGGAGAAGGGGAUUGCCGUGGCGCACAAGCUCUGGGAACGAACACGGGUUGAUAUUGUACGAAUCUAG